AUGCCGCCCGCCACGGCGCCGGCGGCGGCGGCAGCGCCGCCCCGCCCUGCCGACAAUGCGCAGUUCCUGCGCAAGCAGCGCGCAGCAAUCGAGGUCAUUGCCGCCGACAACCUGAAGCUCAAGGAGGAGUUCAUGCUGGAGAACAAGUUCAGCGUCAACCCCACCACGCAGACUGCGGCAGCGCUCAUCGCCAACCUCCAAGAGCAGGCCGAUGUGUAUGUGGUCAAGAUUACCGAGGAGCAGCGGCUCAAGGCGGAGCUGGAGCACGGCGUGGAGGCUCUCAAGGGCCGCAUCGGUGAGCAGCGGGUGCAAAUGGGCGGCAUCAACAACUCGGCGCAGCAGUACACAAAGGUCCAGCGACGCAUCCGUGUGCUGGAGAACCGGCUGCAGCAGGCGAGCGUGCGGUACAACGAGGCGGCGGCGCGCAGCCGCGCGCUGCGCGCCCGCAUCGACUCGCUGCGCCGCGAGCGCCUGCUGUUUGACGAGCUGGCGGGCAAGCUGCAGCGGGGCCUGGCGCGCCAGAAGGGAGAGAUGGUGGAGGUGAUUGCGCGGAUCGCAGAGUCGCACGAGGCAAGGGAGAAGGCGCUCAUCCUGCAGGUACAGGUGAAGGCGCAGGCGGACAAGGACGUGGCAAACUACGAGGCCGAGUGGCGCCAGCUGACCGACAUUGUGGAGCAGGACAGGCACAGCAGGGAGGCACAGCGCGCGCGCGACAUCGCCGCCCGCGAGGACCAGAUGGCUCAGCUGUUCAGGCAGGAAUUUGCCCCAGCCAGCAAGCGGCGCUCAGCACUGGUGCGCAGCACCGCAGCCGGCGGCGGAGGCGACGCUGCUGGUGCGCAGGGCGAGCCAGCAGAGGGCAACGCUGCUGCAGCGGCGGCCACUGCUCCGGAGCGUGUCAAGCAGCUCAAGGCAGCGCUCAGCAAGGUGCUGGUUGCUACAGGCGUAGAGGAUGCAGAUGAGCUGCUGGCUGCGCUGGUGGAGGGCGAGGAGGCCAACUUCAGCCUCUUCAACUAUGUGAACGACCUGAGCGCUGAGGUGGACAAGCUGAAGGACAGCAUUGGCAGCCUCAGGGUGGAGGUGGAGCGGCACCGGGCUGAGACGGUGGCAGCGGCCAACGACGACCGUAGCCAGGCGCUGCGUGCGCUGGGCGCGGAGCUGGUGGCGGUGGAGGAGGCGGCGGAGGGGUACGAGGGCAAGCACAGCCAGGCUGUGGCCACAGUCAACUCGCUCAGGGCGGCGGUGCUCGACAUGUUCAACCGCUGCGGGUGUGCCACGCCGGCGGUGCUGGAGCUAUUGGGCGAGGGCGGGGAGGGGGUGACAGACAAGAACCUGAUUCAGUACCUGGGGGUGCUGGAGCAGCGCACCAACGAGCUGCUGGCACAGUACUCGCUACUGGCAGCCGACGGCAGCGAUGCCGCCGCCGGCGAGCGCGCGGCCGACGUGCUGACGGGCAAGCGCCAGGGGGAGGCGCCGCUGCAGUAUGUGAUCGAGCAGCCGUCCACUGGCAGCGGCGGCAGCGGGGUGGGGCCCGGCGGCGUGGCCUCGCUGACUGCGUCGCGGAGUGGCACGGGCGGCGGCACGGCGGCAGCAGCCGCAGGAGCCGCCGACGACGAGCGGCCGCUCAGCCGCGGCUCCCUGGCGGCCCGGGUGAGCAGGGCGGUGGCCCUCAAGACGGACACGGCUGUCAAAAUCAAGGCAGUGAGGGCUGCUCGUCUGACUGGGCAUGGCGGUGGGCGCUAG